AAACUGUCAAAUCCCCAUAAUGACAAACACGACACAAAGAAUCUCUGGCCGCAAUUAAUUAAGCACCAUGCCACGAAGACGCCUUGAGGAGUGGAGGUAUAGCUACACAAUUCUUAACUUCGGUACUAGUUGGAAGUGAGUCUAAGUGCGUGUAUAUAUACGAAGCAGGCAGCAAGAAAGAGAAAGAGCUCGGCUUGCUUGCUGCGUGCUUCACUCCGAUUUUUUGAUUGGAUUAUUCAUCGACCCUGAAGAUGGAAGAGACAUGGUCCUCCGAAGCGUCGUUGACUUUCAGCGAACUACACUACGUUAUAUUCCAGACCUCUUCAUAAACGCCGCUAUGAACCUCAAAUCCCACAUCUUUUCAUGUGUUGUCUAUUUUACAUUCCAUAUGUAUAAUGAAAAGAGAAGUAACGUAUAACUCAAUAUUGGCAAUUUUAAUUUAAUUUAAUUCGAAUGCCUUACCACCACUAACAUCUGGUUUGACAAAGGAGGCCAUGACAAAAUUUAGUACCAACCACAGGUGAUGAAAAACUAUCGUUUAAAGGGAUUUCAAUGACGUCAAAUAGUAUGGCAGCUGUCGUGUGAAAGUGAGUUCGUGUCCCAUUUAUGACAACGUUUACACAGUGACUCAUAGCAGUAGAUUGAAAUGUAACAGUUAUUAAAUGAUACUGGCUGUGACCUAAUGAGUGUGGCAUGUGUCCCAAUUUUCUGUUCAUAUUGAUCAACUAAAGGUGUGGUGUAUCAUUUCAGAGGCCAGGAAAACACAUUAAAAUAUGUUUACUGGUUUGAAAAAUAAAAUCAAAGAAGAGACAGGUAGUGAUCCUACAAAACUAUCCCUGAGUAGUCCUCCGCAGAAAAUUACCCAUGGCAGUGCACCUAAAGGCCACCAUUCAAGACAAGGUUCUGGUUCCAGUUUGGGUAGUCUCUCCCUUGAUGGUGUAAGGGAAGAAUUGGUUUCAUCACCAUCUGUACUGAAACAAGACACCUCAGAGAUUAAGCUUCCAGAUGGAAAGGUGCUUAACCAAAAAGAAGUAAAACGGCUUGAAAAGCGUGAAGAUGAAUGGAGGCGAAAAUUACAAAAAGUGGAGGAGGACUGGACCAAAAAACUGGAAAAGAAAGAAGAAGAAUGGAAAAAACAAGUGGAAGAAAAGCAGAGAGACUGGAGAAGAUCGAUAGAACUGCUUGAAAAAGAGAAAGUUGCUCUGGAGGAAGAGAAACGAGAAAUUGUACAGCAGAAACUAAAUCUUGAAGAAGCCUUAAAAGCAGCUGAUGAAUAUAAAAAGAAAGUUAUCCAAUAUCAAGAGGAUAUUGAGCAGCUGGAAGGAUUGCAGACCCAGGAAAUGGCAAAGAUUAAACAUUUGCUACUUGUAAAGGAGCAAGAAGUAGCAGAGAAAGCAGAUGCCCUGAAAGAGGCCUCUAGUCAAAUAGAGAGUUUGAAGUUGGAAGUCACUCGACUUAGACACUAUGAAGAAGAACUUGCAAACUUGCAGGAUGAUUUGGAGACUUUGCGUCACUCGUCAGACCAAGAAUGUUUUCAGUUGUCUGGCAAAUUGGCACAAAGUGAAGAAGAAGUUCGGCACCUUAAGGACAGAGUGGCCGUUCUUGAACAGAGGACAAAUGCAGAAUGUGUUAAUCUGGGCGCAGAAUUAACUGUGAAUGAUCGGAUUCAGGCAUUACUGGGUGAACGAAGAUUACUAGAUCGAAGGCUAGAAGAAGCCCAUCUACACCUUUUAGAAAUUAAGUCUUCAUGGAGUGGAAAGAUAUUAUCCCUUGAAACUCAAGUUGGACGCCUGUCUCGCCAGGCUGCUGAAGAAGGAAAAGAGAGGCGACGGGCAGAACAGGAACGAGAUGCACUGAUGGAGAGAAUCAAAGCUCUAGAAGUUAUUGUUGAGAAGGGAAAAUCUGCAGCAAAGGAGAAGGAUGAUAGAAUAGACAGAUUAAAGAAAGAGAGAGAUGAGCUUAUAGAGGAACUGAAAGAUACGGAGACUAAGAGGGACCAGGAAGUAGGCAGUCUACAGCAAGAAAUUGUUUUAGUUGGUAACGAAAAUGAAGGUGUUAAAACUCGACUGUUUGAAGCUGAAAAACGACUGAGGGAAGUGGAAACAGAAUUUGCACAUAUCAGUAUAGCUCUUGAAGAUGAGAAAUCCAGCAAUACUGCUCUUCAUUUAGAACUGGCUCAGUUGAGGGAUGCUCUAGAAGCAGAACAAACUCGUAGUGCUAACCUCAGCAUCUCGCUGAACCGGGAGCGAGGAGAGAAAGAUGUAACAUUAUUGCGCAAUGCUCAAGUGAACCAGCAAGUGGAACUGGCAAAACAAGAGCUCCGUGAACAGGAACAAGAAGCUGUUGAACUCCAUAAUAAAAUUAUAGUAAUGGAGAAGAUACUAGCAGACAAAGAUAUGGCUAUUGAGAAAAUGAAAAUUGAUUCUGAAGAAUUGUCAAAACGAGUACAAGACACAGAAAUGGUGGAACACGACAAACAAGCUGCAGCCAACUUGGAGCAGGAAUUGAGAAAUAACAUAAGUGAAUUAGAAGAACAGCUUAUUGAAAAGAAUAAGAAUAUCCGUGUUUUGCAACAGAGACUGAGUGACAUGAAGAAGACGCUACAGCACGAGUUGAGGCUACCCACUCAGAGUGUGCAUGGCACAGGAACCACAGAAUCUGACUCUUUCAUUCCAGCGGCAGUACUCACUCCAAGCUCUAGUAGACAUCUCCAGCAGAAGCAGCACCAGCAGCCUGUUACCAAUCACCGAAUGACAACUGAGGAUGAUGAUGUCAACUUCAAGUACCUGAAGCAUGUUCUUAUCAAGUUUCUUACAAGUAGGGAAUAUGAGGCACAGCAUUUAACAAGAGCUGUUGCCACACUGCUGAGAUUCUCACCAGAAGAAGAGCGUCUGCUGCGAGAGACAUUGGAAUGGAAGAUGUCUUGGUUUGGAACUCGGCCAAGCUUGGGAUUUGGCCAGACAGCAAAAACCAUCCCUCCCAGCUGAUAACACUCCAUUCCCUUAUACCUUGUGUUCUAGGUAAUGAACUUCUGCAGCAGAUGGCAGUGUAACAAGUUUGUUUCAUACUGCUAAUUAAACUUAUUAUUUAAUAACAGUACCCUUUUCCAUGUGUGUCAUCUUUUGAAGCAUGCGGUACAAAGAAAUUGCUGUUACAGAGACAUCUGUUUCUAGUAUAAAAAUGCUAUUAAGGACAACAGAAACUUUAGCAGCUGGUGUGCCGUGGUAAUGUUGCAAGAACACAACUUGGUGGUGUCGGUAUGUUGACAUUGCAGAUUCUUCUUUCACACCACAGUAACUUAUAUGAAACAAAUGUUCUGUGUCAUCUUUGUAGUCAGAUUAUAUUGAAGAUGCAGGUAUAGUGGACCACUAAGGACAAAAAUUAUUUUGCAUAUAAAACAUAGCAAUUUUGAGAUAACUUUUCUUUAUUUGAAACUGAAGGCAGAUUUGUUUAAAAGCAUUAUAGAUAUGAAUUUUCUCUUUGAUGAAAUACUGUAUAUAGGUACUUCUGAACACAAUAAGAGAAAGUUGUGUUUAAUCUUUUCAUCAUUGUAAUAUUUUAAUUAAUGCUGCAUAUUCACGAUUGAAUUACAGGCAGUCAUGUGUUCUACAGAAGGGCUUAUGGAUUGGUUCAUAUCGACAAAUCAUAGCCAUUCGGCACUAUGAGACAACACCAAAAUGAAAUAUUAGACAGCGCCUCAAGCAGUUUUAUCACCUUAAUAUGAAUUCAUAAUUGAUGUAAUAAAAUUGAAUUAUUAUUUUAUAUUGUUUCCCAGUAACAUUUGGCAAAAUAGAUAAAUCAAGUCUUCCUGAUCAUAAAUAAGUUUUCAAACACUUGGUUUGUUAAAUAAAAUAGCAUUUACUGGCAAAACUAUGGUAGUGAAACUAGUUCUCUAUGUACAUUAAUUGCAGCAUAAUUUAUGAGUUUUUAAGCUCGUUGUUUAAUGAUGCUGUCAGUGUCAAUACCAUAUAGCAUUAAUGACAGGAUGAUUAAUGAAUGUGGAGCAUUUGUUUGAAUGAGAAUUUUCAGGGGAACCAAAGUACUCAGAGAAAACAUGCCUCUUUGUCCACCACAAAUCUUGCAGGACCUGACCUUGGAUUCAACCAGGCUACUGCAGUGUGAAGCUGAUAACUAAUUGCUGAUCUAUGGCAUGUCCUAGUUCGUAUGAGUAACUGUUUUAAAUAAUGUUGAAACUUUUUAACUUUUCCUUUAUAUUUGGAAAUUAUUUUCAUAAAUUUUAAGUCCUAAUUACUAUAGUGGCACUUUGAAAAGAAUUUGUUUUGAACUACCCAUGUAAAACUUAACCUUGCUAUGUCUAUCAGUCUCUGAAACAAACCAGCUCUGUCUUAUAUUUAUGUACGACAUCCAUUUGAAGGCUAACAGGAACAGUGUUUAUUAUUUUGAGGUGUAACAUCAGUACCUGUAGUACACAGACCCCCAUAAUGCAGUCCUGACAGUUCCAUAGUUUUGUCAAAAUAUCCAUUAUGUUGUUUGAAUUAAUACCAUCAUUAGAAAUUUGGAAAUUCAACCAGCUUUGUUCUGAAACCACUGGUAUUAUCUCUCUGCAUCCUGGAGUAUAGUGAGACCGUUGUUCAGUGAAAGUGUGGGAGAAUGACUUCCCUCACACUAAACCAAGGCUUUCUUGAAAUGGGGCUUGUUGCAAAAUUAUGUCAAGGAACUGUUCAGCUUAUAAGAGUUACUAUAUAAAAAUAUGAUAAAUUAUUUCUUUUCAUAAGUAGCUGAAAAAAUUGUACACAAGUAAGUACAAUUACAUAAUCAGUAAUAUCAGAUUAAUUCAUCAUUGGAAGAACCUCAUUUGAGAGUCACAGCUGCAGUGCUGCAAUGAAAAGGCACAGUUAUGUGAGGUCAUUUGCCAGAGCUUAUGAUUGUGCGGUAACUAUUUGGCAGGGAUAAAACAUGAAUGUUGAUUGUUAUUUCAUAUCAUAAUUACACUAAAUUGAGGUAUGAGUUUUAGAAUGUAACAAAACUUCUUACACUAAAUGCAGGUUAUUUACCAAUUGAUAUUCACUGAUAAACAGAAAUAAUACAUGUUUAUGUUGGACUUCAUCUGGGACCACAACAUAUAGCCAAUAAGUAUGAAGUUUCACUAAAUGUAGAUUCAAUAAAUUGGAGAUUCACCAUGCGUAAGCAUGCGUGAGUGGAAACAUGUAAUUCCCGUGUGAUUUUGUAACAGUAUUUAAAAUAGUCAUAUUAUGUCACUAUGUAUAGUGUUUAUAUCUUCUGCUUAGUAAAGGAUUUUCUUGUACUGUCAGGUUAAUCUAUAUGCAAACAUUAUUACAUAAUUUUAAAAACAUAAAUUACAGAUUGUGAGAACUUUAAAAAGCUUGCUGAUUAAGCCUGAAGAGAUAUGUGUAGCUGAAGCCAUAAUUCUAGUGCACCUAUUUUAAAAAUAUUCUCCAAGUUCAUAUGUUCAGGUACAGAAAUGCAGUAUGUUGCUUAUUUAUUAAUUUAAUGAAAUAUUGAAGUAUUUUAUGAUUAUAGCACUUUGUGGGAUUUCUCACAGUGUUGGAGAAUUUGAUGUAUAAUCAUAGUUGUAUGAAGUAAUUUUUGCAGAAUUUGACUAACUCAUGUUAUUUAUAUACAGAUUUUUUAACAGAUUGGUUCAGAAUUGCUCAAUACACAAAUUUUGAAUUUAUAUUGUAGUGCGUACAGCAGUAGCUAUGCAACGACUGUGAGAUAGAUGGAUAAACAGCAACAUUUCCUAGGCAACUGCUUGGUAAACACAUUCCUGUGGCAACAAACAUAAAUGCAACAAUAGAAGAACAGUGUUUUCUAUGUGGUCCAUGCCAAGAAAUUAUAACCAAGGUAGCUUGAGCAAUGAGUUCAGUUGAGUUCUGCAAGUUCUGCAAGGGAGGCUAAGAAGAGAUGGAGUUGUAAUUAACUUGACAUUUCAGUUGUGGAGUGUUAACCAAUGGGCAACAGCAUGACCAUAGAAGCUGAAGAAUCUCCACUGUUAAGAAGCAUUACUAGGAAGCGACUAGUGAAAGCAGACUGAGAAGACUUAGCAUGUGUGUAGUGAUUUGUAAAGUGUGUAGAUCAGUGAUUAGUGUUGUAAGUGCUUGUAGUUCGAAGUCAUGUGAGUAAGUGGUCACUAUGAAUGAAUGAAUGAAUGAAUGAAUGAAUGCAUAAGGGGUGGGCCUUCUCGGCCCUUGCACUGCGUCCUGUAAGUGGUCAGUAAAUCCAUUCACCAAUUCAAACCCCAUCUAUAGUCACAUACAAUCAAUCAUACAUGUGACACUAUCAAGAUUUCUACAAAAUUACUACUCAUUAUAGUUAAAUACUCAGAUGUACGAGUAUGUACUCUUUCCCAUUUCAACCUGAAUCUAAUUUCAGUGUGAAGAAAUGUAUUUAAUAAUAAUGUUCAAAAUGAAUCAUUUCAGUUUUUACACU